AUGCAAAUGGAUGAGAGCAACAAAACUAAAAAGAACGAUUAGCCAAUCUUAAAGGAGACGUCCAAGAAUAGAAAUGUAUUGAUUUCAUAUAUUUCUCAACAGAUAAUAAAUAAAUUGCAGGGAAAUCCCCUUCUAGAUUGCAAGGUCUGA